AUGGGAAGCGGGCCGCGAGCGCGCGCGGAGCCUUGGGAAGGGCGCGGAGGCCGUGAGUACGCCGUUGCCUUAACAACGGGCUGCAGAGUCCCUCGGCUAUGGCCUCCAAUUUUAAGAAGACAAACAUGGCAUCAAGUGCCCAGAGAAAAAGGAUGAGUCCUAAGCCAGAACUUACUGAAGAACAGAAACAGGAAAUCCGGGAAGCUUUUGAUCUCUUUGAUGCUGAUGGAACUGGGACUAUAGACGUCAAGGAACUCAAGGUGGCAAUGAGGGCCCUGGGGUUUGAACCCAAGAAAGAAGAAAUCAAGAAAAUGAUAAACGAAAUUGACAAGGAAGGGACAGGAAAAAUGAACUUUAGUGACUUUUUGACAGUGAUGACUCAGAAAAUGUCUGAGAAAGAUACCAAAGAAGAAAUCCUGAAGGCCUUCAAGCUCUUCGAUGAUGAUGAAACUGGGAAGAUUUCAUUCAAAAAUCUAAAGCGGGUGGCCAAGGAGUUGGGCGAGACCCUGACUGAUGAGGAGCUGCAGGAGAUGAUUGAUGAAGCUGAUCGAGAUGGAGAUGGAGAGGUCAAUGAGCAAGAGUUCCUGCGCAUCAUGAAGAAGACCAGCCUCUAUUGAGAUCAAUGUUCUUUUUCUACUGCAAGCACAUGUGACUAGAUUUAGUGCCUACUAUUGUGUGAAAUCUGGCUUUUGAGAACACAAAUCUUUCCUCCCCUCAAGACUUCCCGGGGAACUUUACCCAUGACCUUGAAUCUAUUUGUGAUGUU